UUGGAAUGGUCCAAGAAAGCACGAAAGAUGGCGGACGAUGUGCAAGAGUCUACGGAACCGGUGGAAAUACCAACUGAGAAACCAGAAGAUGUGUUUUUGAAUGGCGAUUCAAACAACAAAUUGGAAGAAUGUGAGGAUCAAAAUACCGAGUGUGACUCUGAAUUACCGGAGAGCGUGUUGCCGAGGAGAAGCAGCCUCAUGAACAAGGAUGCGGGCAACAGGCGUCCUCAGCGAAAGAAAACAGUAUCAUUCAGUAGUAUGCCUACGGAACGGAAAAUUGCAACUGCCCAGGACUGCCUGGCGUACAUGCAAAAUGGCAGUGAGUUGAUAAAGGUGCGGUCCAACAGUCGUCAGUACCACCGCUUCUUCUCACUCAGUAAUGACAUGACAGAAAUCCGAUGGCAGCCUACUUCAAAGAAAGCGCACAAAGCAAGAAUUGCCGUUCGAUCUGUCAAAGAGGUCCGGCAAGGAAAAACCACAGAUGCUCUUCGGAACAAGGAAAUUGCUGGGAUUUACCCAGACGAAUGCGCUUUUUCCAUAAUCUUUGGAGAGGAGUUCGAGUCGAUGGAUCUGAUCGCCAAUACGCCGGAUGAAGCGAAUAUAUGGGUUACUGGUCUUACUUGUCUCAUUAAUGCCAGUUCCAAAUCUCAGACCUCUCCCAAUGCGAUCGAAGAUCUCCAGCAGAUGAGAGAUACAUGGUUGUUGGAGCUAUUUGAGAAAGCGGACUCAGGUCAGUCAGGGCUGCUGGAGGAGACAGAGGUGGUGAAGCUGAUGAGGAGGAUCAACUCCACCAUUACAACAUCUGUCAUUUAUCAGAAACUCAAGGAACUAGAGAUGAAAAGACGAGAAGGCAAAAGAGGAAGGUUAAACAGUGAUGAGUUCAUCUCCCUUUUCAAAGAAAUCUCAACGCGCCCAGAAAUAUAUUUUCUCCUAGUUCGGUAUGCAAGCAAUGCAGAUUACAUGUCCACUGAUGACCUGUUGCUAUUUUUAGAAGCCGAACAAGGGAUGCAAAGAGUUACCAAAGAUAAAUGUCUGGAUAUUAUGAACAAAUUUGAACCUUCAAAGGAAGGACGAAGGAAAGGACAACUUGGCAUUGAUGGUUUCACGGAAUACCUCUUGUCUGACGAAUGUGAUAUUUUUGACCCAAUGCAUAAAAAAGUCUGCCACGACAUGACACAGCCUCUAAGUCAUUAUUUCAUUGCCAGUUCGCAUAACACGUAUCUAUUAGAAGAUCAGCUGAAGGGACCCUCAAGUGUGGAGGGAUAUAUCCGAGCUUUGGAGAAAGGCUGUCGGUGUAUUGAACUUGACUGCUGGGAUGGUCCAAAUGAUGAGCCUGUCAUCUACCAUGGACAUACUCUCACUUCCAAGAUUUCCUUCAAGGCCGUCAUCGAGGCAAUACGAGACUACGCAUUUGUAAAGUCUGAGUACCCUGUGAUAUUAUCAAUAGAAAACCACUGCACUGUCAAGCAACAACAAGCUAUUGCCCAUUACAUGACCACUAUACUUGGGGACACGUUGUACACUGCAGCUGCCGAGGAAAAUCUUGAGCAUUUACCUUCACCAGAAUUCUUCAAAGGCAAAGUUCUUAUCAAAGGUAAAAAACUGCCCAUCUCAAGCAGCUCAGUUGAGGGCUAUGUCACUGAUGAGGAUGAAGGUGCUGAACCUGACAAGAAGAAAAAUAGUAAAAGGGAAGGGUCAAUGAAGAAACACAAACUGGUCAAGGAAUUGUCGGACAUGGUUGUCUACUGUGUGUCCAAGAGAUUUGAAGACUUUCAAGUGUCCCAGCAGAACCAGAAGUGCUGGGAGAUCUGCUCGUACAGCGAGUCCCAGGCUCUGAAGUUGGCAAUGUCCUCACCGGAGGAAUAUGUCAACCACAACAAGCGGUUUCUGUCUCGCAUCUACCCCAAUGGGAUGCGCAUCGACUCGAGCAACUACAACCCCCAAGAUCUCUGGAACUGUGGCUGCCAAAUGGUUGCCCUGAACUACCAGACAGCAGGUCUCAUGAUGGAUCUCUAUAAUGGCUGGUUCCACAAGAAUGGAGGCUGUGGCUUUGUACUGAAACCUGCCAUCAUGCGGGAAGAGAUCUCGUACUUCAGUGCAAACACGAGGGAGGUCAUUCCAGGGGUGUCCCCUCAAAUACUUCAUAUAAAGAUAAUCAGUGGUCAGAACUUCCCGAAGCCCAAGGGUUCUGCAGCUAAAGGGGAGGUGACUGAUCCUUAUGUUACCAUUGAAGUAUUUGGCAUUCCCUCAGACUGUGCAGAGGAAAGGACAAAAACUAUGCCGCAUAAUGGAUACAAUCCAAUCUUUGAUGAAAGCUUCGAGUUCCAGAUUAACUUGCCAGAGCUGGCUUUGGUGAGGUUCACUGUUCUGGAUGAUGACUAUAUUGGAGAUGAAUUCAUUGGACAGUUCACAAUACCAUUUGAGUGCAUGCAAACAGGUUACCGGCAUAUCCAGCUUUUAUCAAACACCGGGUACCCCAUUGAAAAUUGUACAUUGUUUGUACAUGUAGCAAUAACAAACAAGAGAGGUGGUGGGGGAUACAAACGAGGCUUAUCUGUGAAGAAAACAAAACGAUAUCGGGACUACACCAGCAUGAAGUCAGUCGGAGGGAAAAACAUAGAUGAAACAUUCAAGGUUGCAAUCCAGCCAUUGCGUGAUGGCACCGACCUACGAGACAACGUGCAACUAGCCCUGAGUGGCUUCAAGGAGACGUGUGGUCUGCCACCCAUCGCCAACAUCAAGCAGUGUAUCCGACUCUUGUCCACCAGAAUCACCAACUCAGGAGAACAGAGUCUCACAUACGUUAUGAAAGGCGAGUACCCAUCUCUAGAAGCACAAGGGAACCUGCCGGAUAUACUGAAAAAAGCUCUCCUGUCAUUUGAUGAUUUGAUCACUGAGUGCAGAAACCUUAUAGAAUGUGCAGAUAGUGUAUAUGAGAAGUUGCUGCAUUGUCAGAGAGCUGGGAUGGAGUGGCACGAGGACCUGGAGAAUGUGUGUGUACAAGCUGGGCUCAAGAGCAAGAAGCUAACCAAGGCAACAGAAAACUUUGCAUGGAACAUCCGAGUGCUGAAAGGUCAGGCUGACCUGGUGAUGCAGGCCAAGAAGGACUGCGAGGAGUACAUCAGACAGAUUAAGGAAGCUGCAGUGUCAACAGGUCUGUCGAAGGAGUCAGCAAGGGCCGACGUCUGUAACAACCAUGAGUCAGAAAAGCCAGUAAUCGCAGAUGGAUGAUUCAGCCCUCAAAUCUACUGACAGGAGUUUACACCAAAUAAGCUGCCUUAUGCUCUUUGUUUGACAAGCAUGGAGUGAAACAGACACCAAUAGUCCCAACCAGGAAGGAAAUGGAAUACCUCAGCUAACCAAAACAAAGACAGAAUCAGCCUAGCAGGGGCUAUAUAAUCUGUGAAUACAAAGAAUAUGUACGUUUAUUUGUUAAGCUGUGAUGCAGGUUAAUGUGUAUGUCAGGUCAGAUUAGAGGUGUGUUAUUGACAUGGAAUAUACAUGUUAUUGACAUGGCAAAUAUAUCAUAAUGACAUGAGAUAUAUAUGAUGUUGGAGUGGAAUAUGCAUGCAUUUUCAUGCAAUAUACAUGCAUUUGAUGUGAUCAACAUUUUGUAUGCAUGAUAUCGGUGUGUUAUAUACAAGUAUUCAUGUCAUGGUAUGUGAUACUGGGAUGUAUUAUAUCUGGACAUUGCACAAGGGUUAUAAAUAAGAUAUUGACAUGUUAUGAAAAUGACCAUGAAUUAUGAGCAGUUAUAACAGACGUGUAUAGCCACGGAGUUGAUCAUCUUCUACAUUGUAUUAAUGUACAAUAUUCACUUGUAGUAUACAUGAGAUUGACAUGCUAUGUACAUGGUUUUGAGAACAACCACUCUUCUACUUUGUAUUAAUGUACAUUUCAAACAUGUAAUAUACAUGAUAUUGACGUGUUGUUGACAUGAUAAACAUGGUCAUGAUGUACACUGUUCUAUAUUGUAUGAUGAACAAUACAAACAUGAAAUAUAUGUGCUAUUCACAUAACAUGUCUGUCCAAACAGGAGACUGGAAUUUGUAUCCUUACCCUCAAUAGCCCCUUUUUCCAGAUUUAUUGACAGUGUGCCCAUUUCAGGUAAUUGAAUAAAUUGUGUGACAUGAUGUUGCGAUUUCAUGACUAGCAGUGACAUGAAUGAGUAUAUAUUUUUUUAUUUCUCGGCCAUGUGGCAUCAGUGAUCAAUUUCAAAUGUAGAAAAUGAUGUUUGUUUUUGAUGUGAAAAUGCAAAUUAAGAUAAUUGUAGUAUAGCUAAGUGUAUUCAUUAUUGAACGAGGAUAUGCCUGCUUAUGCCUGUGGUUACUUAAUCUUAUCAAUUAAUUCAUCUGCAAAUUAUCAUUUGGAAUGAAAUCUUGCAAAAGACAUUUUUUUUACAAAAAUCAGAUUGCCUUAUCCACUUACUUGCUGCAGUUAAUCUUUCUUUCAGUUAAAUUAACUCCUGUUCCAAUAAAAUUGAUGCAAAAUAUGUACUGAAUAACAUUGGUCCCAUCCAACAAAGCAGGGUCUGCACUGCACUGAUCGUAAGCCUGUGUUUAAGUAUGGGCAAUUUGAUUGUCUUGUGUGCAGUGGGCCAGUAAGGUAAUUUAUACACAAGUCUAAGUUAAUACUACUUAUUAGAGGUAACUGCAGACUGCAAAUUUCAGUAGUUUGAAGUUCAGAAAGCUAUUUACACUUGUUCAGUUUGUCACAGUAAAUUCUAUAGUUUGGUUUUUGAAUGAUGGAGGAAAUAUUACACUGUUAGACAUUAUGGAAAAUCUCAACUGUUUUCUCUUGUUUUCUCUUGUUUUAUGUUUGUGACUACUGUUGUAUUUGUAACCUGGCACAGGAACCUGGCUAGCUCAGUGCAUUAGCUAGCUGCAACAUGUAAAUAUCCAUGAAACAUUAAAACUGACUGAAUUCAUCAUUUUGCUAUUUGUAGAGUAUCAGUGUGUUUAUUCAUUGUACAUAGUCAUUGUCAGUUGUGUAUAUACUGAGCCUCAGUCGAGGUGAAAUCAGUACUUUUGUAGCAAGUUAGAUGACCUGCUAGAGUUCGGGCUGUGCAAUCAACUGGAUGCCAUAUGAAGUCUUUCUAUUUGUUUCCAAUUGAAUAAGUUGUUAGAGGUUUAUCACAAUGAUUAUGUAUAAGUUGGUAGUUUUGUCAGUUCAGCUGCAAUUGAAAGGGUAAUGGAACAUAAGUAAAUUUGAGUCAGUGUAUAUAAAAGUGUUAUUUGAAUGCAGAUGUGAGAGUUGAUGCAAGACUCUUUAUUAAGCUUCUGAGAUAUUUCUUAUAUCUCAACAAAAGUAAACAACAUUACUUUUAGGUCUCUAACGUGCAUCCAAAUCCAAAGACUCCCAUUUAAACUUCUCUUAUAUUGUCCAAGUGUAACGUUUCUCUACAGAUACUUGUACCUUUCUUCACCCAAGUAGCAUCUCAAAUAUGUCAUUAAAUCAUUACAGUAAAACCAUGUCGAUAAUAACAGAGGUUGAAAUCGUCAAGUCUCGUUUGGUCUUUAAGGUUAGUUCAUGUUCAAAUUGCCUCAUAAAGAGAGUCUCUGUUCUUGUUGAGAAAGAUCUAACGAAAUACGUUUAUAUAUCAGUAAAUUUAAAAGUCAGUGCCAGAUAUUUUAUUAACUGCAGAAACUGAUUCCAUUGGGCAAAGAUAGCCAAGUUACAUUGACAAUUAUUUGAAUGGAAAUUAUAUUUGAAUGUUUCUACAUGUAUGCUGUCAUUUUUGUGCAAAUUGAUGUGCAAGCAUUCUGUGACUAUGAUAAGGGUUUUGUUCUUUAAUAUAUAUGCUCACAACAUGUCAGAGUUAAUUCUUACCCUGUCAUUCACUUGAAGAACGAGUAAUGUCUUGGUAAACAAAUAAAGAAGUUGAUAUCCCAAAAAUCUGAUACCCAUGUCCAUCACUUCUAUAUGCCCUUCAAAGAACUAGUACAAGCAUCAACAAUUAUGUUUUUAGUAAGUCUUAUCGAAAACGCAGAAAGUGCACACCCAAAUACCCCAAAGUGGCUGAAAAGUUCUCAGUACAAUAUAAAGGUGAACGUAGUAAUAAGAAAGGGUCAGGUGGUGCUUAAUUUCUUUUGAGUAGUAUAUGUAUCCAACGUUUAUAAAUUGCUGCAUCACAAGGCUUAAGUGGACUGGUUGGUGGUUUGUUUCACAAGUAGCUGUUCCAGGUUUUUUCUAACAGAUUAGGAAAAGUGAGUGAGUAUGGUUUAAUGCUGCUAUUGGCAAUAUCAACGCAAGGGGAGACCAGAAAUGGGAUUCACAUUUGUACCCAUGUGGGGAAUUGAACCCAGGUCUUCAGCUUGACAAGCAAAUGUUUAACGAUCAGCUGUUGAUAUGUGCGUAUCAUGAACACAGACCUUGACAACUUGAUAUAACUAAUGGACUGGUUUGGCUUUACGUAAGGGGAAAUCACGCUGAAGAAACCUUUACAACCAGGAUCCCUUAGAGAUUUGUGUACAGAAUUGUAUGUAUUGCCCAAGCAGAUCGAAUUCCAAACAGACAGCUUGCUUGCAAAUAAAUUGUUAAAUUUCUUUUAUCCGUCCUUAUAACUUAACAAUUGUAUAGAAGUUCAGUUUUUAGCAAUUGUUAAGGAAUGAAUAUUGGAAGAGGUUUUGGCACUGGUUCUUGAGGCGAAUACUUGGACAUAAUAUUCUCCAGGAAAGUAGUGUCCAUUAGUACCUGAACCUACCUUUUAUUGUGCUAAUGUCAUUUCAAUAUGGUAUUUUCCUGUAACUUACUUUGUAUAUGAAGGCUUCACAGAGACAUAUUCUGGAUUUUCCAUCUUAAUUGUGAUAAAAGAUAUUUGUAAUAUGUCAAGUGAUCAAAGUAUUAUGUUUAAUGCAAAGUACUGGUUCAAGAUGACAUCAGAGGUUGUCUUUGGUUUGACUAAGCUGAAAGUAGUCGUUUAUUAAUAAUAAUUGGGGUACAGAAGAAUGAACUACUCUAGUUUACUUAUCUCACUAACAAAGGAGGACUGAUGUUGUGUUUGGUCUUGUAACUCUAUGCUUGUUAUUAUUUGUUUGCCAAACUAUAAUAUUAGCUGCAUUCCUUGAACUUACUUUAGGAUUUGAAACCCAGGACAUGUUCAAAGACUAGUGAUGCUUCCCCAAAGAGAGUCUUUUUCCAGCAAAAUGUCUUUUAUUUAGGUUUAGUUCUUUUCAAUUGUAUCAACAUAUUUAAUGUUAAAUUACGAAGUCCAAAGCUUUAGGACACUGGUUUAUAUACAGCCAACAUUUAGACAUGUAAAAGUGUUUCAGCUGUUUAUGGCAUUCAGAAGUAGGAUGAUAUGUUACAAUAUGUUGUCAGGCAAUCCUUAUGACAAAAUGGGCCAGAGGCAGUUUGUUUUAAUUAUUUUGUUGCUGAAUUGUUUGUCAGAGUUCUUGUCUUAAAGAAAUGAAACAAAGCUGUCCUGAAUGUGUGUUUACAUGAAGUGAUCUAUUAUGAAGACCAGUUUGAAAGCUGUUUAAAAUAUAGAUUUGGGGAGAUACAGCCUUUCAUUUGAAAGAAACAAAUACUUUGAUCUUGAAUAACAAAGAAAUUUAAUAUAUUGUAUGUUUACAGUGAAGAACUUUGUGUAACGAACUACACAAAACAUGAUUUCUUGACUUUUCAACAAUCGAUGAUGAACAUGUGAAGUUUUAUUUGGAAAUGGUAUAAGUUUUUCAUUAUACUGUUGCUGUUAUGCUGUUAACAUGAUAUGCAGUGAUUUAGCUCAAGAAAUCAAUGUAGUGCACUCUGAGUAUGCAAACUAUAUUUUCUGUCUUUCUUAAUCUGAUUUUGUUGACUUUAUAUAGCAUCUUUCAUUGUUUCAUAUUUCACUUUCAGUUGUUGAACGUUCCCCUUGCUUAAUCUGCAGAUAAACAGGAGCCGUUCUCUUGACCAGCUUCUGGUAUUGUUUACUGGUAUAUAAAACUGUUGGCAAGAAACCAGAAUGUUGACUGAAAGCCCACCAUCUAUAUCAUCAUUAUGUCAACCCGAGCUAUAAGUAUUAAACAAAGAAAACAGGAUGUACAGUUCUGCUCAUUGUUUGUUUCUUGUAUUAAAGAAAUAUCUAUUUAUAUUUACUUGUUACCAUGUAUCAAAACCUAUCAGAACCCGAGAAGAUCUCGGUCAUGUUCCACAGUACAUUUGGUAAUAUAUCCCUUGUAUCUUAGUAUGUUUAAUGCUACUGUAUUUUAAGCCUUGAUUAUACGUAGACAUAACCCAUGUAAAAGAAAUACAGUUGACAUCGGUUUAAAAUAAUGCUGAACACAAUUAAUUGAUCUCUCAACUCAAUGCUUCCAACUCUCCAGUUUUGCUCAAUUUAUAAACAUUCAUACCCUACUGUAGUUAUCCAAGAAAUAAUUGAAAUAUAGUGUUUAUGUAUGUGUUCCAGUCUUGAUAUUUUUAGAAACAUUGGGCAUGGUUCCUUUCUGCAAGAUGUGUUUAGGAGAACUGUUGACAUUGUGCUUAUCUUCUUUGCCUCAUCCUCUGCAAAUAUGGUUUGUUUGUUACUUUUUAAAGUAAACAAUGUUACCAAUGUCUUUGUCACACUUGGUCAGUGCUUAUGUAAGUUGCAAGAAGUCAGCCUCUGCUUUUAAUAAGCAUACCAGUUAUUAUUACCCUGCAUGAUUCUAAUCUUUCCUGGCUGCAUUUCUGUUUGAGUAGUUCCUGUCCACAACUGAUGCCUCGUCAUCAGCCUCUUUUAUCACAUCUUUGAAAGGUUAUGUUUGGUCAUUUCAUUGUAUCAUCAGUUUUCAACCAAAGUAUAUGAUGAGAUUACAGGAUAAGAGCAGUUUGGAAUGUGUAGUCUUGCUGCUUGAGUUUGAAAUCUUUGAAUAUCUCACAAAAAGAUUUCUUCAUAUUUUGUCGUUUUUAAUCAAAUUGCUUUUGAUAGAGGAAGAACAUGAAUCUGACGGCAAAGAGAAAGGUUGUUGCUAAAAAACAAAACAAUGGGCAUUAUCGCAAUAGUCCGUGACAGUCAAUAUUCAUUUAAUGUGCUUUCUUCAUGCAUUCAUCAGUAAACAUGCUUUGUAGGGUGUGUGCAAAACUCCCAUUCUUGAAAUCAUAAGCCUUUGAUACCAGAAAAUAAUCUACCAAGUCAACAUUGCCUUGAUAUGUAAGUGCUCGACUUGAGUAAAUAUAUUUUUUCUGCAAUUCUUUAGUUCACACAAGAUUUAUUUUUGCCUUUUAUUCUUACAUUUCUGUAUUGGUGUUGACCCAUAGAAAAUGAAGGUUUCAAGGAACAUUGUGACAUGAUUUGUUUUAUCUUACGUUUUGAUGUUGAGCACGACAUGAGCAUCUUGCCUCCAUUGUUACUUGGUCCAGUCAGGAAGUGUUGACUGUGACCUGAUGCUGCUCUGUGAGAGCCUUGACAUGCCACCUGUGUUACACUAUCAUAGCACUGUUAUGGAUCUGUCUUACAAUCACUUGUUAGACAGAAUAUAAAGCAGUUUAUAAGCAAAUAAA